UGGUCUUCUUGCGUUGGGUCCUGCCAAGUCCCUCGCCGACUCUCAUUGUUUUAGAAGUCUGCUGGACCUCUUUCGUUCAUGCAGCGUAGUGUUUUGGUUUGAGACAUGCAGGAUAGGUACAGCGAAAUAGGCUUUGUCCAGCAAAUACUCGGUUUGAAUUUAGUGCCGAGAAAAAAUGGCACGAACCGAGGGAACGACACAUCUCUCGACGACUUCUCAGAGAUGUGGUAUGGAGUGUUCCUGUGGGCAGCCGUCUCCUCGCUGAUCUUCCACCUGCCCGCGGUCCUGUUGUCUAUCGCCACACUGCGCCAGCACAAGAUGGCCCGAUUCAUGCCCAUCGCCAUCCUACUCAUGGGCAUCGUGGGACCAGUUUUCGGGGGGGUCCUCACUAGUGCAGCCAUAGCAGGUGUGUACAAGGCCGCAGGAAAGAGGAUGAUCUCUUUGGAGGCUCUUGUGUUCGGCGUGGGACAGUCAUUUUGUGUCCUCAUCAUCUCCUUCCUCAGGGUCCUCGCCACCCUCUAGCAGCACAGGGGCCCGCCUGGCUGGCACCUGAUGCUGCUGGGUGAGUCUGACACCAAUCGCACCUUCUCCCGACGGGACCUGAUUUUAACACGGCACGAGACUAGAUCCCCUGGGAAAACCCUGGGGAUACGCGUAAACCACUCAGACCCGGGACGUGAUGUCAUUUCCUACCGGUGGACCCAAGACCAGAGCGGAUUUUAUUCAAACUCCUGACCUGCUUUCCAUCCGUAUGAGGUUUCCACCGUAGGACGGCUCAAUGCUACGUUUACGUCUCAUGACUUUGCGGUCAUUCCUGAAUGAUGUGAAGGCAGCACGGGAUGCUGUUGUCCCCUGUUGCAGGGUGUCACAGGUUAGCAGCAGGAUGACACUAACCUUUCUCAGGGGCUGUGUGUGUGCGUUUGACUGCGAAGAGACAGAACAGCAGGCAGGCUGCUGAGACAGGAACACGAUGGUUAUAUGCAAAGAUUCUGGCUUUUUCCCCUUGAGGCCUUAAUUUCUAUUUUCUAACUUCCAAAGUGGUGUUUUCUCUUCAGGGCUGUCUGUUCUUUAACACGGUCUCUCUUGCUGCUCCUUUUCUGUUCUUCCUCAUUUUAUUUAAUUUUUGUUCAAAUUAAUUGAAGUCUGACUGCCUGUGCGUUAAUGUUAAUUUCAGUUAGUCAUUUUAGACGAGCAUCAAGUGAAGAGGUUUUUACAGAUCUGUUUUUAUGGGACAGGACAUUUUAUUUUUUUAUUAUUAUUCUGCCCCGCACAUGCAGCGUAGAGAAUGUCUCCGGUUCGUCUGCUCUUCUUCUUGAUCUGUUUGUUUUUCUGAAUAGAUCGCAGGUCCGACCACUGAACGAGAGCUUUUCUCGUCUCUCUUUGAAUGAUACUUUGUUUUACAGGUGAUGUCAUUUUGCCUCACUGAACUGAUUUGUACAUAUUUUAAAUUAUUUCCAGGGCUUUAUAGCUUUUUAAUCCUCACGACCAAAUGUGUUUUGCUGGUUUAUAUUUUUCUGCACUACACUGAACAAAAGAAGAGGUCUCCCUUGGAGUUUUUAUGGGCGCAUCCAAUUCCCACAGUCCUCAGCGACAGCUUUUAGUUAGCCUCUGGUGGCGGAGCGGGUGCUUUUGAAACAAGUAUAAUGUGCAACUUCCAGACGUAGGUCAACUCUACAUGUAAUACUUUUUAUUGUAAAAGAACAAAAGACGUAACUACUACCCUACUUAAACUAUUUAAAACCAACCACUACCAGAAAGAGAAGUAUUUAUUGUUGGCCAGGUCUGACGGGAGUUCAGUGAUUUUACAUUUAAUAUAAAAAAAUGUGCAUCUUUGUCUUGAUUGAAAAGCUGUUUCUGACAACACUGCAUUGGGUCAUUGCCACAAAUUGACACGUUGACACAAACAACAACAAACUAUCUUGGCAUCAGCCGAGUCCCUCUACAAUGCAGAGAUUUAAGAUUAGAUUAAACUCAGGAGUCACCUUUAGGGCCGUACAAUUAGAGUUUGAACCGUGUGAACGCUGGUCUGAGGUCUGCGUACUCACCGCACACCCUUCUCAUAGAAGUACCAGUUAAUGUGUCACACGGCAUAAGCGUGUUUUUUUUUUUUUUUUUUUUUAAUACGUCUGGCCUCAGGUUGAAUCUGUGCAGCAGAUUUAAAGUAUUAUUUCUUCUGACACAUCCGGAAUGUUUAUUCCUUCGUAACUUAUUUAAACUUGGUGCAGAUUGUUCUGCACAUUCCAACUGGACACAUUUUUUCCCCCACAUUUCCCUGCUUACGCCAAAAUAAUUUUAGAUCCACGGAGCCCCUUUUAACUUAUGUAGAAUUAAAGAGCGCAAACAGACGAUUUUCCUACAAUCCCCUUAAAGAAUUUCUCUAACCCAUGAUUAUUUACCUGUACGACACUAGAUACUAUGAGUUCUGGUACAUCUGAAAGAAAAGUCUCACAGUGCAACAAAAAAAAGAAUGUUUUUAAUUUUGGGAAGUAAAAUCUAUAAACCAGGGAGGGCCGUGAUCAGAAAAUAAUGUUGUCAAUACACUUAAGAGUCGAAGGACAAGACUACAGACGUUUAGCACCCAUGGGACCAACAAUAAGACAGGAACUGUUUUUUAAAGUUUUGUUUUUUUUGAAGACCCCUUUUGUCUUCUAGGUGUAUUUAAACGGUGGCUCUUUUGGAGCCUUGACACAAGAUUCCCCACCACACCGAACCACUUCCUUCUUCAGAUUUUGAAUUUUCAACCCUUGAGUUUGACUUUUUCAACUGCAAGAAGCUCGUUAUGUGUGUGGCAUCGCACUUUACAUAUUUUUGGAAGUACACGGUAGUUCAAUGAAAUUCGUUCCUUCAAAGUCUUCAGCGCCUCACUAUAAUGUGUGUCUGAUGCAGAAAAAGCAAGCCUUGUUUGAAAUUUGCCCUUGGCCUUGCUUUUACGCUGUACAUUUUGGAGAAUGUUUAUUUUUUUAUGGUUGUGUAAUUUAGCUCUUUGAGCAUGUGUGUGUUCACUCUCUGGUUCUGUUACAGCAGCACAUAUUGGCACAUAAAGGAAGCCCGGUGCUUUCCCUUAUCUGCCUCUGUGACAUGAAUUAGCACUGUUAUACUCUUGUGUUGAGAGAUAAAUGGUAUAAGAGGUCAAAAGCAAAUGCUUUUAUGUGCACUGUUGGUGAGCAGCAGUAAAUGUCCAUGCAUACAGACUGGGCUGUCUCAGAGUCCUUCUACAUUAGACUCCCAGAUGGGGUUAAAGUCCUUGUUCAUUUUCUUGAAGCUACUUAACGCAGAAGGACAAACCAGGCAAGAAAAUGCAGUUCCAUAAAAAGAGUUAAGCCAACGCUAGAAGAAUGUUAAGUACUGUAACACUAAUGUAAGUAGAUGCACAAUUAGCAUACGGUUGAAUCAACAGGAACCUUUUUUUUUUCACUGUAGUGUGUCAUAGCGGACGACACCAGACGCCGCAUCAGGGAAGCUUUAGGUCCGACAGUAAGACUAGCAUUUUCUGAAAAUGUUUUAAUUGUCUUUCUACCGCGACUUGUUCCUUCUCGUCUGUGACUUUGACCAAUAGAAAGACGAAGUCCCGCCCCUUCUUGCCUUCGAUUGGACCAUAUUUUGGAUAAAAAAACAAAUAUGGUAACCAAUGGCAAUAGACCCAUUUUUUUUAGUCGAGUUUUGGAUUGUGGAAUUGUGAAUUACACGUUUGUCAGUUUUACGGAAUAAUUUCGCACGUCUAGAAAGUUGCAUUUUGUUGAAGUAUAAGACUGUGAAAAUAUGUAAAUUAUAAAAGACAACACACCCAAAGGUUGCACAAGUGACUUCUCUCUCUGAAGCUACGAUGCCUGUGUGUUUCCUAACAGGAUGUUCUCACACUAACAACAGGGCUCGUUCUUUCAUUUUGCAGCUGAUAAAGAGAGUGGCUGAAACACAUUGGGUAAGAUAAAGUUACUUUUGUGCGUGGAACAAAGCUAAGUUAGCUAGCUAGCCAGCAAGCCGAGGUAACGGCCAUGUUGGUGACGUUUUGUGUAAAAUUGCCGAAACAAUUUUACACAAAACGUACUUCUAUAACAACAAAUCUAUGACAAACUGCGACUUUCUUGAAGUUAUCUUUUAAAUUGACAAACGUGUAAUUCAUGGAACAGUUCAAAUAAUAUUUCUCUCUCACCCUUCAACCACCGUAGUUAUUUUUGUAGACUCUAUAAUCGCCUACUCCGACACAGUGGCCAUGGUAACAAACAAAUAUUGUGUAGUGUGAGGCGACAUUAGAUUCAGCUAGGUGGACCAAAUAUAGUAUCUAAACUGAUAUGUAAAAAGUGAGUGAUCAUAACUUUGAUAAAUUCUUGAUGCCAUGAAUUGAUUAUAUUAUUUAU